UUACAAAACAAAAAACAGGUUUUCUCACAAUGUCCGGUCCUGUGAUAUGAUUACGAUUUAACAUUUAAGAUUACUUACAAAUCAAAAUAAUUCAAAAUUUCAAUUUUUUAAUUUCAUCAAGUUAAAGAAUAUUUUAAUUUUUAUUAGAAAUUAUUAAAACAUAGGUAGAACAGUUAAGUGUUUUCAGGUUGAUGUUAUUGGCAAGGUUUUUUUCUUACUUCAGUUCAUGAGUCUUGUACUCUUGUAGAACGUGUGACAUCUCGCAAUUGUUGGUACCUUUUUGGUGUUCUGCAUUAUUGUAACAUACGUACAAUUCAAUUAUGUCGGCUACUACUCGAAAUAUUCGUCAUCAAACGCUGGAACAACAAAAGCAACUAUUGGAAAUGAAAAUGAGGCAGGUCAGACAAACUCCACAAAUAAUAAAAGCAUCAGACAAUGUCAUGCCAAGUGCAAGAAUAAGGCCUAAAUCUGCUAGGCCACUGGAGAUGAAUUGUUAUGAUGGUCCAUUAACAUAUGCUAUGAUGAAUUGCAGUCCAGACUCCAGUGAUAUAUUAGGUGUAUCAAGACAUUCUAUUAAUCAUGAUGUUAUUGAAGAUAUGAGAAAAGAAGUAGCUGAAAUGACUGUUGACGAACGUAGAGUAUCUGAAGAUACUGAAGAUGAAGAAUCUUGCUCCAUUUCUCCAGUUAAAAAUUUAAGUUCAAUACACAUAAAAGAAAACAGCCCAUUUAUUUAUCCUUCUUCGACAGUUACUGAUACUAAUGAAUUGGAAGGAGAUGUAUAUGGAAAUUUAGAUACAUUUGUCCUGGAACCUGCCGCCCAAGGUGUUCAUUUUAAAUGCCGUAUAACUAGAGAUAAAAAAGGCAUGGAUCGAGGGUUAUAUCCUACUUAUUAUUUACAUUUAGACAAAGGAAAUGGAUCAAAAAUUUUUUUAUUGGCUGCUCGUAAACGCAAAAAAAGUAGAACAUCAAAUUAUCUAAUAUCAACAGAUCCAACUGAUUUGUCUAGAGGCGGUGAUUCAUUUGUUGGCAAACUUAGAUCAAACUUGAUUGGUACUCAGUUCACUGUCUAUGAUAAUGGUACAUCGCCAUAUAAGUCAUCUGUUGAAGGAGUACAAGAAAGACAAGAAUUAGCAGCUGUGGUAUAUGAAACAAAUGUGCUAGGAUUCAAAGGACCGCGUAAAAUGACUGUGGUAAUACCAGGUAUGAAUAAAAACCACCAAAGAGUUAAAGUCGCCACAACUGAUAACUAUAGUUCACUAUUAGAAUGUUAUCGCACUAAAAAUAUGGAUGACCUGAUAGAAUUGCAUAACAAAACACCACAGUGGAAUGAAGAAACCCAAUCAUAUGUUCUUAAUUUCCAUGGACGAGUCACACAGGCUUCAGUUAAAAACUUUCAAAUUGUUCACGAUAAUGAUGUUGAUUACAUUGUCCUGCAAUUUGGUCGAAUUUCAGAUGAUCUCUUUACAAUGGAUUACAGAUAUCCAUUGUGUGCAAUGCAAGCAUUUGCUAUCACUCUAAGUAGUUUUGAUAGCAAAUUAGCUUGUGAAUAACUAUAAUACAUUUUAUUUCAAUUUGAAAAUUCUAAAAGUCAUCUAAGUUUUGGCUUUAAAUCUCAUGCUUAAUGAUUUUAGUUAAUUUUAUUUCUUUUAUCUCCUUUCACCUACUUAUUUAUAUUUUUGCACCAAAAAUUUCAAUUUAUUCUAGUCUUUAUUCAUUACUUAUUACUUUUUAGUAUUUUUUAUAUGUUAAAGUUAAAUUUAUAAUUUUGAAUGUGAUUUUAUUAUUUAAAAAUCAAAUCCUGUUUUAAUUAUUAUUUAAUGGAAUAUUAUGAUUUUUAUUUACAUUGAUUGUUAGAACACUGCCAUUAAUAACGUUAACAUUAUGAGUUGAAAAGUUUUGAAUAAAAGUUGUUUUACUCUAAUAUUUACUACUUAAAGUUAUACUGUGUUGGAUGAAGAAAUUUAUAUGAGGAUUAUGAUUUUAUUUUGUAUUAAUAUUAUUAAUUUCAUCUUUUAAUAAUUUUAAAUCUCUUGUAUUUUUUAUUAAACACCUCUUAGUGUUAUUGUUACAUUAAAUUUGUAACUUACUAAAACUGACGUUUUAUUUUGUUGUUAAUCCAUUCAAGUUAAAUUAUUAAUUAAUUAUAAGAUUUGUCUACAAGAUAUUUUACAAUUUAUAAUUGGCUGGUUAAAGCAUACAAUUAAUAAUGGGGCUAAAUUAUUUGGUCCAUACAAAAUAAUAGAGAGAAUAGUCUUCACUCAUAAAAGUGCAGGUGCACCACAGAAAUACUGUGGGUUAUAAAUUAUAGCACCCAUAGAAACAUGUCAAUUCAAUUCAAAAAAUAACUAUGACUUGUGUUCCUAAAAAUAUUUACUUUUAUUAGUUCAUUUACCUUUUACUAGUCUAUGUAUACUCAUAUAUUCUGUUAUUUAUGUAUUAAAUUAAAUAAUGGCGUUCACUUAGGUAUUCUAAUUUACUCAAAUCAAAUUUUCAAUUAUUACUAUGCUACUUAUUAAAAUGAAAGUUAUACAAUUUCUGAAUAUUUGUUUUUACCUUUAUUAAACUAUUGGUAAUGUUUUAUUAUUUAAUAUCUAUAUGUAAACUCGGGCAGUUUUAUUAUUAUAUUAUUUUGAUUAAUUAAUAAUUUUGUUAUGUUUAAGUUCUGUAAUUGUUCUCAAAUCACUCUAGUAUCACAUAUCUAUCUGCACUAAUUGUAUCAACUACAGUUUAUAUUAGGCUAAUUGGUAAUUGUGUAUAUAAACAAAAGUGCCUUACACUUGUGCCUUACAUCAGUGUUUCUCAACCGGUGAGUCGCCGGGUAAGUCCAAACGUGUCGCGGGAAGUAAUAAUAUUAAAUGUACGAACCUUGUUGACACUAUAUUUACAAAAAUUAAUAGGUAUUAUUCUUAUUCUUUUUUUAUUAUGUGUCACAAAGUAUGAAAAUUUUUAAUAAUGUGUUGCCAUAAUACAAAGGUUGAGAAACACUGCCUUACAUUACUAAAUAAUUGUACUUUUUUUUUUUUAAUUAUAUAUCGUAUUUUCUAUGUCAAUGUUAAUAUGUAAAAUAAAUAAAAACUAUUUAAAAAAAAACUA